CCGCCCUCUCUCUUUUAAUUUUCCAAUAUUUUCCGUCAAAUUGUUGCCUUGAUUUCUGCAGCAACAACUUUGUGCACCCGAGGCUCGACUGAGACACACAACUCCUCUCGGGCCGUGCGUCCAAUCAGCGGGAGCUGCGCGCAGCCUUGCUGCUGUAAUUGGAUGGAGAGGGGAGAGGAAUACGCAGCCCUGGCACGCCGUAAACACAUGUCUUGUCUCCUUCGCUCCGCAGAGGACGCGCCGGAGAGACAGCGGAUGGAGUGAGCGCAACUACCGAGAGGACCGCAGAGGCUUUCCCCACCUGUGUCGUUAUCACUGAAUCGCUUUAAAGCGUUAUCAUCAGAGGUUAUAAUACGCGAGAGUUUGGCGCGGACUCAAAUCAGGUGUUUUUUUUUUCUUCUUUUUCUUCAUCAUCAGGUCUGGGGAUUACGCACGGCGCAGCUCCCGGGACAGAGUAAAGUUUUGAAGACCUGUUUUGUUGCACAGGAAUGCCAAGAAAGCUGCUUUAUACCUAGAAUUCCCAUCUGAGAUCCUAUGGAGUGAAUUCACACCUUAAAAAAAAAAACCCAACAAACAAUCACGCAACUGUGUCGCUCAUGUUGAGAUAGACUUGAUGGAUUAGAGUAAACUGGGACUCACUAAGAAAUCACCAGAAGAGAGAAAUAUAUCUUCAGAUUUAUGCUUUGGGGGAUGGCAACAGCUACCUCGAGUCCAUACCUAGCCAGCAGCAGGAUUUUAUCCGGCCCUGUCCUUCACUCUGACCGGAGGGCUGGUGGCAUGCAGCCGGGCAGCACCGCUGUGACCACCGUGUCUAGUGGAUACAGAGGGGACCCUUCGGUAAAGAUGGUGCAGAGUGACUUCAUGCAGGGAGCCAUGGUGGCGAGCAACGGGGGCCACAUGUUAAGCCAUGCCCAUCAGUGGGUGACAUCGCUGCCUCACGCAGCAGCCGCAGCAGCCGCAGCCGCGGUGGCAGCAGUGGAGGCCGGCUCCCCGUGGCCCCCCAGCUCCCAGCCGCAGGACGUGAAGAGGAACGCCGGCAGAGAGGACCUGCACUCGGGCUCCGCUCUGCAUCACAGGUCGCCACAUCUGGGGCCCCAUCAGACGCACCCGGGAAGUUGGGGAGGCACAUCUGCGGCGCACAUCGGCAUCACCGAGGGGCAGCAGCAGCAGCAGCAGCAGCAGCAGCAGCAACCACAACAGUCCCUCAUUUACUCGCAGCCCGGCGGCUUCACCGUCAACGGGAUGCUCAGCUCGCACGCCGGGCAGAGUCUCAUGCACCCGGGGCUGGUGCGCGGGGAGUCCCCGGAGCUGGACCACAGCAGCCACCACCACCACCACCAUCACCACCACAACCACCACGCGCACCACCACCAGCACCACGGCGUGAGCCACGAGCCGCACUCAGACGAGGACACCCCGACGUCCGACGACUUGGAGCAUUUCGCCAAACAGUUCAAACAGCGGCGGAUCAAGCUGGGCUUCACGCAGGCUGACGUGGGCUUGGCUCUGGGCACCCUGUACGGCAACGUGUUCUCACAGACCACCAUCUGCAGGUUCGAGGCGCUGCAGCUGAGCUUUAAGAACAUGUGCAAGCUGAAGCCUCUGCUGAACAAGUGGCUGGAGGAGGCCGACUCCACGACCGGGAGCCCGACCAGCAUCGAUAAGAUCGCCACCCAGGGCAGGAAGAGGAAAAAGCGCACGUCCAUCGAGGUGAGCGUGAAAGGCGCGCUGGAGAGCCACUUCCUCAAGUGUCCCAAACCUUCCGCGCAGGAGAUCAACUCUCUGGCGGACACUCUGCAGCUGGAGAAGGAGGUGGUCAGGGUCUGGUUCUGCAACCGCAGGCAGAAGGAGAAGCGCAUGACGCCGCCGGGACUGCCGCGCACCCCGGAGGACGCGUACUCACAGGUGGGCAGCAUGGGUCCCGACACACCGUCACCCUCCAUAGACUGCAAGAGGAUGUACAGCGACACGUGAACACGCGCAAAUAAAAAGAGAACAAGAAAUCCUGAGCGACGUUAAGUGUUCGAAUAACUUUUUUGGAGAACACGUCUCCCUAAAUGACAGAAGAGAAAAUUCACUUUUCUUACAGCUCCACGUGUCCUUCACCCACAUCAAUGUUAUCCAGUGUGUAUUCAUUUCUGAGCAGUCUACUUUUAUGCAUUAUUCUGCACUAUAAAUCAACCUGUGGGACACGGAAGUAAAAGAAAAAGAAAAGGAAAAAAAAAAGGUUAUCUUAAAUCUGAGUUGAAAAUAAUUCAAGGUUUAUUAAAGGCCUACAGGUUGGACAUUUGUUCAAUUGGAUGCCAAGAAUCUUAAACAAAAAGUUAUUUCCACCUCUGUAAUGUUCAAAAUGAAAGCUCCCUUGCAAUGCUGCAGGUUAUUGAUGUCCCACAGGCUGGACUGGGCUGUGUUAGUCAAAUGAAAGAUGUUGAUUUAAUGCGCUUUAUCCUGCAUCAAGUUGUUUCUCAAUGAGCAAUAAUUUAUCUCCCCUCCAAACGUGUUUCUCACCUUUGUGUUGUGUGUCCAGUGGAUUUAUGUUGUGACACAGUUUGAGGUCAAAGAGCGAUUUUCACAAAAAUAACUCCAGUAUGGUGUUUUUCCUCCAUAGGAAACUUUAUUUUUUAAUAAUUAGCAAGAACAUUCCCUUGAGUUUCUAUACGAGUAAGUCUGCUGUGUAUUCCUGUGUGAUGAUUUGUACUAUUUAUUUUUUCCACUGUGUUUAUUUUCAUGGAAUAGACUAAUUAUUUAAUAAAUCUGACAAAAG